CCCAAAGUUGGAGCCGAAAUGCCGAAAGGGAGGCCCUCGUGGUUCAAAGUCCCGGCGCCUUCACAAGGUACGCAAUCUACUUAUAGCACUGCGUCGUACUCACGCUACGCACAAGUGAAAGACAGCUUACAAAAGCUAGACCUCCAUACCGUUUGUGAAGAAGCGCAAUGCCCGAACAUUGGCGAAUGCUGGAACGGAGGUACGGGUACGAUCAUGUUGCUUGGUGACACAUGUACGCGUGGCUGUAUGUUUUGUGCCGUCAACACGGACAGCAAGCCCCCUCCACCGGAUCCAUUCGAACCUUUUAAAACGGCGGAAGCCGUGGUGGCGUGGGGCGUCGACUACAUCGUGCUGACGUCGGUGGACCGGGAUGAUAUUGCCGACGGUGGAGCACAGCAUUUUGCCCAAACCGUCCAGCUCUUGAAACAGAACAAACCAAAUUUGUUGGUUGAAUGCCUGGUUUCGGAUUUUCAAGGCAUGUUGGAUUCAGUAGAGACACUGGCACUGUCUGGAUUAGACGUGUACGCGCACAAUGUGGAGACGGUGGAACGAUUGCAACCCUUCGUGCGCGACGCUCGUGCUAAUUAUCAACAAUCCCUUUCGACCCUGCAACACGCCAAAGUGGUCAAACCUGAGCUGUAUACCAAAACUUCGAUAAUGUUGGGCUUGGGUGAAACGGAGGAGGAAGUAACGCAGACAAUGACAGAUUUGCGAGCCAUUGGCGUGGAUGUGGUGACCUUUGGCCAAUAUCUGCGUCCAACCGAACACCAUUUGUCUGUUGUCGAGUACGUGACGCCGGAAAAGUUUGACCACUAUCGCCAAGUCGGAGAAAACAUGGGCUUUAAAUAUGUGGCUUCUGGCCCAAUGGUUCGUAGCUCGUACAAGGCGGGAGAGUUUUAUCUGGAACACAUGAUCAAGAAGGAGCGAACGGAAGCAGCAAUAGAUAUCGGCGAAAAUGCAUGACAUCUCUUGAUACUUGUGUUGAUUUAAAGCCUGAUCUCUGGUCUUGUUAUUAAACUCAUGAUAGCUUAACAUAUUGAUAACUUUGAAAAGUCGUUGG